AUGGGGCUGGGGCUCCUGAGAGCAGCGCUGUUGUUUCUGGGGGGCGCUCUCAUAUGCUCAGAACACUACCCACUCUCUGAAAGGAGUGGGCACGGCUCCUCGCGGGAACAGGCUGGAGGUCGGAGGUGGCCUGAAGCCAUGAGUGGGAGGCCCCGGGCGCAGGAGGAGCACCAGGCCCCGGAAGAGGAAGGGUUGAACGCAAAGGGCAAUUGUGGAACAGCACCACUUGCAAAUAUGAUCAAGGGGUCUCGGAUUGUAGGGGGCACAGAAGCUCAAAUUGGUGCAUGGCCAUGGCUAGUUAGCCUACAGAUUCAAUCUGGCAGAUAUCUUGCUCAUGUAUGUGCGGGAAGCUUAGUGAAAAAUAGAUGGGUCCUCACGGCUGCCCACUGCACUAAGGACAAUAGAGAUCCUAUAAUGUGGAGAGUCGUGAUUGGAACUAAUAAUAUAGAUGGGCGUCAGCCACACUCCAAGAUGAUGAAAGUUAAAGCGAUCAUUAUCCAUCCAGACUUCGACGUGGAAUCUUAUGAAAAUGAUAUUGCACUUUUUCAUUUAAAAAAAGCAGUGAGAUAUAAUGAUUACAUUCAGCCUAUCUGUCUACCUUUUGGUGUUUUCCAAAGACUGAACCGAAACACGAAGUGUUUUAUAAGUGGAUGGGGAAGAACAAAAGAAGAAGGUAAUAUUACAAAAAAAUUACACGAAGCAGAAGUGCAUUAUAUUUCUCGAAGUUUUUGUAAUUCUGACAAGAGUUAUGGGGAUAUAAUUCCUUACACUUCAUUUUGUGCAGGUGAUGAAGAUGGAGUUUUUGAUACUUGCAGGGGUGACAGUGGUGGACCAUUAAUGUGCUACUUACCAGAACGUGAACGAUAUUUUGUAAUGGGAAUUACCAGUUACGGAUAUGGCUGUGGUCGAAAAAAUUUUCCUGGUGUCUAUAGUGGGCCAUCCUUCUACCAAAAGUGGCUGACAGAUCACUUCUACCAGGCAAGCAAUGAAGGCAUAUUUAAUAUAAAUAUUCUACUUGGACAGGUCCUUGUAGCCUUAGGUUCUGUUGUCUUACUAGCAGCUCCAUAA